AUGAACAAGAAUCGUCAAUUGCUAUUGUUUAUAGGAUUGGCUUUCCAUUUCUUCUAUUUAUGGUCUAUCUUCGAUAUCUAUUUUGUCCUGCCAUUGGUUCAUGGUAUGGACAAUCACAAAUCGACUGAUACUCCACCAGCAAAGAGAUUAUUCUUAAUUGUCGGUGACGGAUUAAGAGCUGAUAAGACAUUUCAGAAGUUAAAGCACCCUAGAACAGGAGAAACUAAAUAUUUAGCUCCGUACUUGAGAAGUUUGGCGUUGAACGAAGGAACAUGGGGCAUAUCUAAUACAAGAAUGCCGACAGAAUCGAGACCGGGACACGUUGCGAUGAUUGCAGGGUUUUACGAAGAUGUUUCUGCUGUGACUAAAGGUUGGAAAGAGAAUCCUGUUGAUUUCGACUCAUUUUUCAAUCAAUCAACCCACACAUAUUCUUUCGGGUCCCCAGAUAUUUUGCCAAUGUUUGCGUACGGUGAUAAUGUGGUUCCUGGAAGAAUUGAUACGUGCAUGUAUGGCCAUGAAUUUGAAGACUUCACUCAAAGUUCGAUUGAAUUGGACUCCUUCGUGUUUAACCAUUUUAAUGAACUCAUGGAAGACCUGGCUACAAACAAGACAUUACAUGAUGAAUUACAUCAACAAGGUAACGUUUUCUUCUUACAUUUGUUGGGACCAGAUACUGCUGGACAUGCUUACCGUCCUUAUUCUGCUGAAUACUACGAUAAUAUUGAAUAUAUCGAUGAAGAGUUAUCAAAAUUGAUUCCACAGAUCCACGAAUUCUUUGGUGAUGAAGAAUCGGCUUUUGUUUUCACGGCUGAUCAUGGUAUGUCUGAUUUUGGUUCGCAUGGGGACGGACAUCCAGAUAAUACGAGAACUCCUUUGAUUGCAUGGGGUGCUGGGAUUAACAAACCAAAAUUACUUCGUGACACGCCCGAUGCAGCACUUUUAUCCACACCUCAAGACCCUGUUGCUAGUGGAUAUGAAGCCAACUACUUUGAUACUUGGAAACUUGACCAUUUAGUAAGAAACGACGUUAAUCAGGCUGAUAUUGCUUCGUUAAUGGCAUAUUUAAUUGGUGCAAAUUAUCCUGCUAACUCUGUUGGUGAAUUACCGUUAGACUAUAUCAAUGCUGAGUCUAUAACUAAGAUUAAAGCUUUAUACGCUAAUUCUUUGGCUAUUGUGGAGCAAUAUCUUGUUAAAGAAAGUGAAGUUUAUAAUCAUCAGUUUUCAUUUAAACCUUACGAUCCAUUCAAACAAAGGAGUAUUGCAGAAUACAAGACCCAAAUUGAAACAUUAAUCACUUUAUUAGAAUAUGGUGAUCUCAGGGAAUAUGACCAAAAGCUUAAAGAAGCUGCAGCCGUCGAUUUAUCUGAAGAAUUACUGAAACAUGCAUUAAACGGCUUAAACUAUUUACAAACUUAUAACUGGGCUUUAUUAAGAUCCAUUGUAACAUUGGGUUUCUUUGGCUGGAUCAUCUAUUCGUUUAUUAUUUUCUUGAAAUUAUUUAUCCUUACUAACAGAUCCAUCCUCGAAACUAAGUUUUCGCCUGCCUUGGCUGGUUUCUUUGGCUUUUUGGCUAUAUCUAUUAACUACGUGUUAUAUUACCAAAAUUCACCAUUCAACUACUAUAUGUAUGCUGCCUUCCCAUUAUACUUUUGGUACACCAUACUUAAUGAAACUGCAAAUUUGAUAGAAGGUCUAAAUCAAUUUUUACAUGGUAUUUCAGUGCCCACUAAAUUAUUUGUAUUGGUAUCAUUUAUUGGAAUGUAUGAAGGAAUUGUUUACGGGUUUUUUGAAAGAUUUGUGUUUUCGAUCAUCUUUGUAUUAAUUGGUUUAUAUCCUUUCUUUUUAAGAUCCAGAAAAAUUAGAUUUUUGCAAAAGCUUUUAUGGUUAUCAAGUUGUGCGUCGAUGUGCGUUUUCACAAACUUGGAUCCAGUUAAAGUUGAGAGCUUAACUCAAAUCAAUGUUGGAGCAGCGGCUGCUGUCGUAGCAAGUAUAUUUGGUGCUAGAAAGGUGUUUGAAAGGUCGAUCGAUAACUAUAACAAGACUUUGGUUUGUCUUCAAAUAUUUGUCAUCCUUAUCAUGUUAUAUCCUACAAACGUCUCUGUUAUGUCAUUACAAGCUAGAGAAGGAUUACCUGCUCAUUCUCAGAUAAUCGGCUGGGUAACAUUUGUUGUAUCAUUAUUUGUGUUACCAGUCUUGUAUUCUUUAAAUCCAUCCGCAGAUUACCAACUUAGAUUAUUGAGUAUUUUCUUAACAUUUGUCCCAACAUUCAUUAUUUUAACCAUCUCUUUCGAGUUGUUGUUUUACGUGGGAUAUUCGUUGGUCUUGCUUCAGUGGUUAAAUAUUGAACAAUCAUUAAAGUUCUCUACUAGAAAAAUACAAAAGUCCCGUAAACUCGGGUUGGUCCCAAAGGGGUACUGGUUACAAGUUAUUCGAAUUACAAUCAUCGGGUUCUUUUUCUUGCAAUUUGCAUUCUUCGGAACCGGUAAUGUGGCCUCCAUUUCAUCGUUCUCGUUGGAUUCGGUCUACAGAUUGAUUCCAAUCUUUGACCCUUUCCCAAUGGGUGCAUUAUUGAUGUUGAAAUUAAUAAUCCCAUACAUCCUACUUUCCACCUGUCUCGGUAUAAUGAAUUAUAGGUUGGAAAUAAGAAAAUUCACCAUUUCCACCUUAAUUAUUUCAACGAGUGAUUUCUUGUCGUUAAAUUUCUUCUUCUUAGUAAGAACUGAAGGUUCCUGGUUAGAUAUUGGUGUAAGUAUAUCCAACUAUUGUUUGGCUAUACUUUCUUCUUUAUUUAUGUUGAUUUUAGAAUUGGUUAGUUCGAUUUUAUUAAGAGGUGUGGAACUUGAUUCAGAAGCUGAUGAAGAAGCUGAUCAUGACGGUGCUUCUAUAGAUGAAGCGAACAUUUCUGAACCUGAAGACAUCCAAUCGGAUGCUCCUAUAAGUGCAAGAGUUAGACGUAGAACUAGAAAGGCUUAA